CGUUACACUUCCGGUGCCACCUCGCAACAGUAUUUUCGCUAAGCUGUAGCGACGGCGGGAAGUUACUACCAUCAAUUUAACAACAAAUCGGCAACAACGAAACGGACGGAAUAGUUGAAAAUCGACAAUUCACAGUUUAUUAUUGAUGGACCUGUAACCGGGAAGUCGCUAACUGUAAUCCAAGUUUAGCGGCGUGGGAUUCGGCUAACAUGGCUAAUGUCGGAAACCAGCUACCAACACAGGCCGUUAGCAAGCCUGCACCAGGAAAACAUGGCAAUGUACUGCCCCUGUGGGGCAACGAAAAGACUAUGAACCUCAACCCAAUGAUUCUCACCAAUGUGCUGUCUUCACCGUAUUUUAAAGUUCAGCUUUAUGAACUGAAGACCUACCACGAAGUUGUGGACGAAAUCUAUUUCAAGGUGACUCACGUUGAGCCGUGGGAGAAGGGAAGCAGAAAGACUGCAGGCCAGACUGGAAUGUGCGGAGGGGUACGUGGAGUUGGAACCGGUGGUAUCGUGUCUACUGCUUUUUGUCUCCUGUACAAACUGUUUACCCUCAAGCUGACUCGCAAACAACUGAUGGGUCUGAUCACACACACGGACUCUCCAUAUAUCAGAGCACUUGGCUUUAUGUACAUAAGAUACACUCAGCCGCCAGCAGAUUUGAUAGAAUGGUAUGAUGGCUUCCUGGAUGAUGAGGAGGAGCUUGACGUGAAGGCCGGCGGUGGAUGUGUAAUGACCGUUGGGGAGAUGCUGCGGUCUUUCCUGACCAAACUGGAAUGGUUUUCCACUCUGUUCCCCCGUAUCCCAGUGCCUGUCCAGAAGAUCAUUGACCAGCAGAUGAAAGCAAGGCCUCGAAAGGUUGCUCAGAAGGAAACGCAGGAGGAAGAAGCCACAUCUGCAGAGUCAGGGAGGCAAGGGGAACGACGCCGCUCCAGGACACCCAGACGAACGCCGAGCCCCCGAAGGUCACCUAAACGGUCAAGGAGCCGGAGCCACCACCGCGAGAAAGAGCGUCACGGCCCCAGCUUUGAUCGAGAACUGGAAAGGGAGCGUGACCGGCAGAGGAAGGAGAGGGAAGGCAGGGACAGGGGCGAGCGAGGGGACAGGGAAAGGCGGCGGUCCCGCAGCGCAGACAGGAACCAAGACCGCCGAGAACGCAGACGAAGUCGCAGCAGCAGCCGAGACCGGAGGAGCGAACGCAAGGACAAAGAAAGGGAGGGCGGGGACGAUAGGAGCAGGAGAAAGGAAAGGGAUCACCACAAAGAUAGAGGUGCUGAAAGGGAGAGGUCCAGGGACAAGAAGAGCAGGGUGGAGAACGACGACAGGAGGCAUAAAGACGACAGGGAGAGGCACAGAGAGGAGCGCAAGGCCAAAAGGUCAAGCCGAAGUCGAAGCAGGGAGAGGAAGCAUAAAAGCGGGGGAGAAGAAAAGAGCAGGAAAAGAGAUCGCAGCCACAGCCGAGAGAGGGACAGAGAGAGAGACGGAGAGCAGCGGUCCCACAAAGAGAGGAGUCAUCAUCAGCGGGAGUCCAGCAAUGACCAUAGCAAGCAUAGCGAACGCAGAAGGAGUCAGAGCACUGAGUAACUGCCACCCUGCAGCGACGUCACUUCUUCUGCUGUUGUGUUUUUCUUCCUUUUUCUACUUAGCUGCUCUGUCACGUGCUCAAGAGAAGGAACGUUAGCACAUCGGAUAUCUGGAGUUGUCUUCGGCCAAUGUUGCUUUACAUUUGUUUUUUUUUUUGCCUUUUUCACUCCCUGUUAGACCGUUGUUAGAUUUCAUCUACAAUUUCAAAAGUGACGAAAAUGGCAUUUUAAUUUUUCUAUGGUUCGUUCUAUUUUUGCCCCAGGAAGACGUGUUUGUACAUAAUGUUUUAGAGGCUGUCUACACACGAGUGGACAAAGUUGCAUUCACUCCUGGGUGGAGAGCAUUUUAUCAGCUCAACACCUUCCUGUAAAGAAUAACUGUGCAAAGAUCCACUUAAAAAUACUAUUCUGACCUGCACUGUGAGGUCAAAAUAAUAUUUCCAUGGUCAUUAUAUUGACGGUUUUCUUGUCUCUGUAAUGUCAUUUUACACGCUUUGAGCAGUUCAAAGUGAACCUUUGAAACCUCUGAGUAUGACACAAUCAAAUGAAGUAAUUUUGUCCAUGUUUGUGUAGACAGCCUGAGAAUGUUUCAAUCCUCUAAAGGGCAGUUUGCAAAGGGUGAUUUCUACCACACACACACACGUGAGCCCUGCUUGUGUUGUGUUCAGGUUGUUGCUCUGUUGCAUUUUGUUUUCUAAUAAAACACUUUUCCAAACA